AUGGCAAGGGGGCCGGUGAAGCUGGAUAAGGAGUGUGUAGAAGCGAUUGCAGAGCUAAAGGAAUGGCAGCCCGACUGGCAGGCUUGGGAGAGCCUGAAGAGACAGAGAAUUGACGAUGGUGUUGAGCUUGCGGUAACGGCAGAACAGCAGAGAGGAUCGCUGGGAAGCUGGAGAGAAGGUACGAAGUAAGACGUUCAAAAGAGGGUGGUGAGCCUGGCAAGCCUGCUGCAGCCCGCAGGAUUACAGCGGGGCUCGGAAAUGGGGCUCGCUGGAGAUUGGCUGUGGGCAGUCGCAGUAGUCCCAAUUGGGCGCUAGCGCGAUGUUGCCCGUUAUUUUGUCAGGGGCCGAAACAGGGAGCGUCCUGGAGGUGCUGGAGCUGCAAUUCAACACGGCGGCGACAAUCAGCUUCGGCUUCAGGGCACUCCUGAUCACUCGACGGUACGGGUACUCAAGUACGGUGCUUGA